UCUCUCUCUCUCUCUCUCUGUCUGUCUGUGGGGUGGGGGGGGAGGCGAGGCGACCUGAGGCGAGGAAAAGGGGAGAAGAAAGGACGAGAAGAGGAAGGGGGGAGAGAGAGAGAGAGGAAGAGGAGGAGAAGGAGGAGAGAGAGAGAGAGAGACAACAUGUGUGAGAGUCGGUGCCGGAGGAUGGCGGAGAGGGACAAACAGCCCGUCUUGUUCACUCGCAUCCAGACGCCUUUCACGCCGGACUCCUUCCAUCACAAAUACACGGUGUUGGCCAAAGAACUGGGCAGGGGCAAAUUUGCUGUGGUGAAAAAAUGCAUAGAAAAAGCCACAGGAAAAGAAUAUGCAGCCAAGUUUUUGAAGAAACGUCGACGUGGUUUGGAUUGCAAAGCUGAGAUCAUCCAUGAAAUUGCUGUGCUUGAAGUGGCAAAAUCAAAUCCUCGUGUAAUAGACUUAUAUGAGGUGUAUGAAACAACCAAUGAAAUCAUCCUGGUUUUAGAAUAUGCUGCUGGUGGAGAACUCUUUAGCCUUUGUGUGGCUGACCCAGAAGAAACUUCAUCAGAAAAUGAUGUAAUCAGACUCGUUAGACAGAUCAUUGAAGGUGUAAACUUCCUACACCAAAACAAUAUUGUACACCUGGAUUUAAAGCCUCAGAAUAUUUUAUUAUCCAGCUCACCUCCUCUGGGCGAUAUAAAGAUAGUUGACUUUGGCUUGUCCAGAAGAGUUGGCAGUGCUGGUGAGUUAAGGGAAAUCACAGGAACGCCAGAGUAUGUCGCUCCUGAAAUCUUGAAUUAUGAACCAAUCUCCACAGCAACAGACAUGUGGAGUAUUGGAGUUUUGACCUACAUGCUGCUCACAGGAGAGUCUCCGUUUCAGGGUGAAGAUAAACAAGAAACUUUUCUCAACAUCUCACAAGUUAACGUUGAUUAUUCGGAUGAAGUAUUUGAUGGGAUCUCCAAGACUGCCAUUGAAUUUAUUGAACAACUUCUAGUCAAAAAUCCUGAGGAACGAUCAAGUGCAGAAGUCUGUCUUUCCCAUCUGUGGCUGCAAGCUGAAGACAUGAGUGAACCUGUCCCUGAAAUUAUGCCCUAUAUUUCACAAUCAGGAGAACAACACGCCAAGCCUUUAGAAGAGAAAAACGCUAUCCGAUUCGGAGCAUGCAAACAUGUGGAUAAAGAAAAUAUCACUGAUGAAUCGAGUAUUGUUUCCAAACGAUUGCGAUUUGAUGAUUCCUACAAAAAUUGUCAUGGGAUUUCAGGGGUAUUCUAAAACUGGAAUGUAACAAUAGUUAUAAGUGAGGGUACUUGGGCAAGCGUUUUAUGUUGGACUUCAUCACUACGUAAAAGUGGUGCAGAUGUGUUUGUAGGUAAAUGACUUCCUGGUAAAUUUAUGCAGUAGCUCUCAAUUGGGACACUGACGAGUAUGCACUUUGUUAUUUUGAAGGAGGGUUUAUAAACUAUUACAGAAAAACACUUUCUUGCACUUAGCUCCAUAGCGGAAUGAAAACAGGAUAAUUAAUUUCCCAAAGUACUAGAAUUAUAGUUAUAGGGUCCUUUGCAUUGGGUUGUAAGGAGCAAAUUGGAAGUACUGUAAUGUCUUAAUGUUCAGCUGAAUGUACUAUUUUCCCCGCGUAGAAUGGUAAUCAGGGACAGGCCACUUUAGGGCAGCUUGGUUGUACUGCAGAGCUGUAGGGCCAGUGUUGACAGCAGUUUAUAGUGCUCGUAUACCAUGAACGGGUAUGAUGCAGUGCCAGCAGCAAACCAGGUUGUGAUCUAUUAGGUACUUGAAAGGUGUCUGAAUUAAUAUGCAGAUUGUAGUUGCAAUUUGAAAAUCAAGCUAUUCAAAAAAAAAUCUCAUUGUAUAAUAAUGCAGCUCCCUGCAGUGAAAAUGGAUUGUGUUGCACACUGUUGAAAUUGUGCACAUUGUUCAAUCAAAUAGGAUUAAAACUGGUUUAUUGAUUUGUCCAAAUAUUGGAUUCUUUCAGCUUUCAACUUAAAUGUGCAUUUAAUAGAGACGGGCUUCAUGGGGUUUCAAGCUAGUUACUUUUAGUUACGAAACAAAAUUACUCAGCUUAUGACUAUGUAACAUUAUAUGCUGUAUUUGAUACAAUUUGUAUUCAUUUUGUUGAUCUAUAUUUUAAGGGGAGAUCUUGAAUUCCAAGGGAAAUAUUGGAACUGGGUUCCUGUUCUACAUUAUAUGCAAUAUUAUUUAUGCACAUUAAUAAACGGAAGGAAUAAUUGGUAGCAGAAACUUUUUAGUUUAUAUUAUUAAGAGCUAAUAUUUCUAUGCUCAAGAUAUUGAUUUUCAGUGUAUAUAUGACAGUUGCCUUAUUCUAUAUUGCAAAAUAUUGAAACCAAUCAAUGUUUUCUGAAGUAAUAGGUGAGGGUUACGAACACUUUAAGUGGCUUCUCAUCAGACAAAUUUAUCUGUCACAAAUGCGAAUAAUAUAGUAAAAUAUUUGGUAUAUGGGAAUAUAUAAUAUAUAGACCUUUUAUUAGCUUCUUAUCAAGGUUAAUCUUUUAUGCUUUUGAGUAUUCCAUUAUAACUGCUGACCAUUUCAAGAAGCUUUAAGCACAGCUUCAAAUAAUACAUCUGCAAAGGAAAUGUACCUCUUUCUAGGUAUUUCUACUGUUGAUGUGGAAAUCUCUAACCCAUUUUUCCUUUGUAAAAAUUAAAAACAGUAAUCCCUGUUGGAGGUUAUGCUGUUUUCUGUGGAUAUUUGACGAAGUUCACACCAUUGAUUUGUAAUUUGUGAGCGUUAAACUUAAUGUGUCAAAGUAUAAUCUUCUAUGCUUGAAAAUCUUUCUAUUGUACAUGUUGUAACUUGUUGCAAUUGCAAUAAACAAUUUCUCAGGAA